GAAAUCGGCAACCUCUGUUUCGAAAUGGAAGCGGUCGGGCUGAUGGAUAGUUUUCCGUGUCUAGUUGUCCGGGGAAUCUUGGACUAUGCGGACUCGCAUAAGAAUGACCACUGGCAGGGAUAUGCGGCUGCGACGGCUGCGGCGUGUGCGAAGGAGCUGCUGGAGGUUAUC